AGGAUGGCUUUAGGAUAGCCGCGGGAGAGCUGGUUAAGGGAUAGAUAGACCUUUGAUGAGGAGUUAUAGUGUGCAAAGUUUUGAAUGCCCUUUUUUAAAAGUACUUUGGAGUUGCUAGGAGUACUUGAGGUCGUCCUUGCAAGACCUCGGGAUUUCUGAGAGCUAAGGGCGUGAGGUUACCCUUGGUUAGGGUGAUGGCUAGGGACAAGGAAGCUUGUUUUAGUGUUUUAAUUUGCCUUCCCUCUUUAAGUAAUAGUUUUAAGAGAAUUUUAAGUUGUUGGGUAUUCAAUAAAGAGGAAGUACUGAGAGUACUUUGAGGGAUAAGUUGAAAUUUAGGGAGGCAGUCACUGGCUUGUUAUUUAUAUAGUUAAUCUUUUAUGAAUUUAAUUACUUCUUUAGGAUUUUGUUUAAUAAUUAGAGAAAUUUAAUGUAGAAUGGCAAGGGAAAGAUGAAUAUUAAUAAAGAUACAAAGCCAUACAAUAAAAAACAUACUUAUUAAAGGAAAAGAGGAAUCCAUAAUUAUUUAUUAAAUAUUAUGGACUAUAGCUUUAUUUCUACAUCAAAGAAACUUUCUUAUAAUGAAUUAUAGUAUUCCAAACAGUACUGUAAUGGCUGCAUUAGAAUGUUUACAUCAAUAGUUAAAGUACUCAAAGGCCUGGGAUUGGUCUCUCAGAGUAGCUCAGUUAUUGAUCAUUUUAUUGAUUAGUUCCAUAGUAGUAGGAUGAAAGUUUGGGUUAGAGGGAAGGAUUCAGUUAGUCUCAUGGAGUGUGUGUGGAAGUACUAGAAGCCAAUUUUGAUUUCUUUCUUCUUGUUUUUAAAGCUGGUGAUGAACAGUGUUGACGCAUCGGCCUUGCGGGGAUGGCGGGUGGCGUUAGCAGGGGGACAGCAGCUGGUGAUGAACAGUGUGGGGGCAUCAGGUCUGGCAGCCCUAGCUGGUGGAGGGGGUGCAGCUGACCCCCUCAAUGUGGAUGGUGGGGGUGGGGGGGGACCUGGAGAUUCUGUAACGACACAUUUGGCUGGAACAAGCGACGAUGACGACGAUGAUAUGGCGUCGUCACCAGGGAGCUUUGAUGACGACGAAGGUUCACUUCCCGGUGUGGAUGAUGUGACCGCCCAGCUAGCGGCGGCAGGUGGGUGGUCAGGGCCUGUCGGGGUGGCUGCUGCAGCUGCAAUUGCCUCGGCAAAAAAGCGGAAACGACAUCACAUAUUUGAAAUUAAUCCAUCUAUACGAAAAAGACAACAGACUCGGCUUUUAAGAAAAUUGAAGGCAACCAUAGAUGAAUAUUCUACCAGAGUUGGACAGCAAGCGGUGGUAGUUGUAGCAACGCCAAGCAAAUCGGGAAAUAAUUUCAAAUGUUUUGGAGCGAAACCUCUGGAGGAUGUGAUGAAAACGUUGCGGCAGAUGGUGAUGUCUGAACUGGAAAAUGCGUUAGCACAGCAAGCACCCCCACCCCCACAGGAUGACCCGUCGUUGCAUGAAUUACCUCCCCUUGUCAUAGAUGGCAUUCCGACUCCUGUAGAAAAGAUGACGCAAGCACAACUCAGAGCUUUUAUUCCUUUAAUGCUGAAAUAUUCUACGGGGAGAGGUAAACCAGGCUGGGGAAAGGAAUCUACUCGGCCGCCCUGGUGGCCGAAAGAUGUUCCGUGGGCGAAUGUUAGAAUGGAUGCGCGAUCAGAGGACCAAAAACAAAAGGUAUCUUGGACGACUGCUUUACGUCAGAUUGUAGUCAAUUGUUAUAAAUACCACGGGCGAGAUGAUCUCUUGCCGGCAUUUAAUGAAGAGGAAGAAAAGACUCAGGUUGGUGGUCAAGUGAACCCAGUGUAUUCAGGUCCAGUGGUACAGACCAUUAGCAAUCCAGAUGGCACAGUUUCAAUCAUCCAGGUGGAUCCUAGUAACCCUGUCAUCCAACUGCCAGAUGGAACCACCGCGCACGUACAAGGCGUUGCCCAUAUCACAACACAGAAUGGAGAGUCGGUGGACGGAGAGAGCGGGGGUUCGGUGGCCAUCGACCUCAACCACGUAUCGGAGGGCACCUUAGGUCAAGAGGGAACCAUCAUAAUAACAGGAGAGGAUGGCUCACAGAUACCUGUGAAUGUUUCGGGAGCAUAUCCUGUGUCAGGAAUGAUAACAGUGCCCCUACCAGUAUACCAGACUGUUGUUGCGAACAUUCAAGGUGCAGAUGGUCAGCCACUACAAGUGGUUACACCAAUCGUACAGGUGCCCAAACUUGAACCGGGGUUAGACAAUAAUGUUGAAGUUCCUGCAGCUCUUAAUGCGUCACUGGAUGCAUCGACUAUUAUAUCUUCUGGACAGGGUCAUGUCCAGGAUGAUGAUGACGAUGGAAGUGUAGACAUGGUCGAGACCAAAGAUUGAUGAGGCAUAAGAUCACCUGAAUGUGAUGGGAUAAAGUAACAUAGACCAAUGUUACUGAGUUUAGCUGAAAGCUUACCUUCUUCCCAUACACACUUAUGUCUUUCUGCCCAUCUCAGCUUCUCACCAAAGACUAGGGUGUGGAUUCUAGUAUAUUCUUCAGGAAUUGCAGAAUAUGAGAGGACUUUAUAUAUCCUCUGCUACAUUGGCCAGUAUCACCUUCACAACAUCUGCUGACUGAUUGUUCCAAAUUUUCCGCAUCUACUGUUACAGAAUCUGCCCCUAGGCACAGGAUGAAACCAUACCAGACAGUGUCAGUCAGGUUAGAGGCCCACCGCUUGUGGUUUGUUUUUACAAGAAAAUCUAUUUUUGUAUGAAGAUAAAAAAAAAAACAGUGGCAUUGGAUAGAGUAAAGCAAACUGUGAGAUGUGAAGGGGUCGGGUUUUAAACAAGUUCUGUUUCGGUAUGGGUUUUUAUUCUGUCGACUCCUAGAUAGUGUGUUGUCUCAAGGGAUGAGUUUGGACUCUUGCUUCCCUUUUUGAAUUACAGUUCAGAAAUAAGGAAAUGAUGUAGCUUAUCCUCAUAUUAAGCUGUCAAAGAUAUGUAUGACCUUUUCUAUGAUUUCUGUUGUUAGUAAAGUUUAUGUUGACAGAGACUUUAAGGAGUGUCACAGCUUUACUAUUGAGACAUUCAGCCAACUAGGAUGAAAGAGGCAUAUUAUUAUUAUUAUUUUUAUUAUUAUUAUUAUUAUUAUUUACAUAAUCAUUAUGCUCAUUAUCACCAUUAUUAUCAUUAUUGAUUAUGGUCACCAUUUUCAUUGUCAUUCGAAUCAUAGUUAUAUUUAUUAUUGUUGUUAUUCUUCUAUUAUUAUUUAUUACUAAUACUGAUUAUUUUUAAUAAUGAUAAUUAUUAAUUGUUCUUAGUAAUACUUAAUGAUACAGUAAUACUUCCUAUUGCAGUGUGAAUUUGUAUUUUUAUUAUACUUAUGAUUUAUCUUACCAUCACUACCAACUGGAUUGAUAUUGAUAAGUUUAUUGAUUGUUAUUAUUUUAUGAUUAUGCAUAAUUUGUUUGUUCUGUUGUCUUUUAAGUUAAGGUAAUACACCCUGUGUAUCAGUGCAAUUAGGUCCUGAGUGUACCCUGUAAUUUUAAAGUAUUUAUUUCUCCAUUUCACCUCCCCUCUCCCUCCUCACCCCUCCUCCCCAGUGAGGCUAAUGUAGUUUGCUUUGUAUUUGUCAAGUGUAAUAGGAGUUGCUCAAUGUUGUAUAGCUUAGCAGCAGUGUUUUAAAGUGGGAAUGACUUUCCUCAGUGUGUGCUACAAGGGAAAAACUUCUGCCUGGUGAGACAGUCAGGAAUUCUGGACCAUUUAACUGGAUGCAGAAGGUUUAAGAGCAAUUGAUGAGUGUGCUGGGAAAGUAUGUAGUUGUUAUUAUUACCAUUUUUUCAUUAUUAAUCAUGUACUUUGUUUAUUUGUCUUUCUGGAUACAGCUGGUUAAACAUUUUCCCUCCACAGAUAGAGAUCUUGGUAGAAAUUAUGAUUUUAGAGGAAAUGCUCAUUGAUUUUUUAAUUUUAUUUAUUAUUCCGGGGGAGAAAAAGCAUUGAAUAUUGGAUGAGAUGAGGCCUCUUUCUCUAAGUUUGGUACUGACAAUAAGAGUCACUUUUUUUGGUGACUUUAAAUUUAAAAAAUACCCUAGGAUGUGACAUCAUAUUUAUUGAAGUUAUGGAAGGAUAGCAUUAUUGCAAAUGGAAAAACAUUAGAAUUGAACCCAAGUUUACCCUGCUGCCUCUACUUAAAGAUUGAAACUCUCCAAAUAUGUGAUGCCCUAAUAGAGUACCAUUGAAGGUAUCAGGAAACAUAUGUUGUAACUAAUUGAUAGGUGUAAUAUUAAGGGUAAAUGGAAGAUUCUGAUGAGAGUCAUUAUGAAAUUAUGGAACCUAAUGAUCAUUCAAGUUGAGAAGGAAUAGAAACAAGAUGUUAACAAAGUAAGCUGUCUCAAAGACACCUUUUUCUAAAUUGUUUUCAGCUUUGUAGAUUUGAAUAUAGGGAGUAUUUGCAUUGCCGAGACUGUGAAAUCAAGUUUGCUGAAUAGUUUACAUUUUAGUAGAAGUAAAGAAUUUAAGCUUUGGUUUGGGACAGAAUGUUACUGUGAUGUCAUCAGAUCUUGAACAAGCAAUCAUGGCUGUGAUAUACUAGUUUAGCACAGUACCAAUUUUAGCCUCAAGGCCAUCUUUGUCUUGCAGGAAAACAACACGACUUUUGCAUAAGGGCAUUAUAAGUUUCAAGUAUCAAGAACACUUUUUAUUAUCUA